AAACUAAAGCAAUACAAGAAAUCUGCUCUUCAUAAUCCUAAAAAUAUACAGUAUCGAAAACAAUUCACGUUUGUGUCUCAUAACUGAAGCAUCAAUACUAUCUUCUUAUUAACGCUCUAACGACAAGAAAUUUGCUUAAAAAUGGUGAAAAACUAUCGUUCAAUGUUGUUGUUGGUCUGCUUAUCAUUUUUGGUGAUUGUUUCAUCGCCACAAAAUGGUGUCCAAGCGGAUGUUCUUAUCGGUAGCUGUGUAUGGGGCGCUGUUAAUUACACUUCAGAUUGCAAUUCUGAGUGUAAACGACGUGGUCACCGAGGAGGACAUUGUGGAAGCUUCUGGAAUGUCAAUUGUUGGUGUGAAGGAUGAGAUAUUUUUCACCGAACAACUUAAGAUGGCGGAAUAUAUCUUCAAUAUGUUGCAUAUCAUCUACUUUGGGUAAAUUUUUGGAGGUAAUGAAACUGUUAAUGUUUUUAUUGAAAAAUUAAUUAUUUUUUAUUUUAACUUUGUACGAUGUGAAUUUAAUAAAUAAAAUUUACCAUUUUUUGU